AUGAACCAAAAUGGUAGCUAUGUUGUCUCCGUGGUGCUGAUCGCACUGGCUUCUAGGGUUUUCCAUGAAACCCUAACCCUAAACCUAGCUCCAGCGAACCUAGCCGCCCUACCCCCCUUCUCCUCAUACGCCGCGCCCCUCCCGGCCGCCGCCGACCCAACCCCGGCCAGCAGCCAUCGCCACAGCCACCAUCUCCCACCUUCUUCUCUCUCCAUCUCCCUCAAUCCUCCUCUUUCUCUCGGGUUAGAUGCGGGCCGAGGCUACAUUGCCUCCAAGCACCUUGCCGAUGUCGCCCCCUGCCCCGGCGAGCCUCCCCGGCCGACCGCCGCCGCCCCUUGGGGCAGCGCCGCCGCCGCCGGGGCCAAUCCUGCAGCCGCCCCAGGUCUGCUCGGGCCGAGCAGACCUGGUAGCUCCAACCCCACGCCGCAGCCGCCCUUGUCCACCCCUGCGGCCUCCAUCAUGGCCUACGGUACCCCCUCCCCCGGCCGAAAGGGUCGCUGCCGCUGCCACGUGCCUUGGGCGCUGCCGCCCAAGGCUGGAGACCGAGCCAAGCUCGGCGCGGUUGCGCCCGAGCUGCGGGCUACCGCCGCCGUCGCCCGCCGCCUCCUCCUCUCCGUCCGGCCUCUAGGGCCCCGUCGCCGUCGUCCCUGGGCACCCCCGACCGCCGCCGGCUACAGCUGCACCGCUGAAACCCAAGCUCAGCAGUACGGGCUCGGGAUGUUCCAGCUUCGCCGCCGCUGCCUUCCGUCGCCGGCUGGAGCGAGCGCCGGUCUUCCCUGGCCGGCCGUACCCGUUCAUCGCCGGCUACCCCGCCGCCGGAGCACCCUGUCAACCGAGAUGAGCCUGAGCUCUCCUCGGGUUGUGCGGCUAGGGCAUCAUCGUCCUCCGCCUCCGCCACCUCCCGUCGUCGUCCGGUGCAAGCCCUGGUCUCCCCACACUGGCUGCACCCUCCUCUGCCAGCGCGUCCGCCGUCCGGCCUCCCGCGCCCUACCUUGCUCCGAUAAGCUUAGUUAA